GCCUUCACUUUUGAAUUUGUGUCCAUGUGUGAGAGAUCAGCGGCGACACCUGGCGUGUUCACGAUAUCAUAUAAAGAUAAUUCAGUAACGAGGGGCGACUGUUUCAAGAGCAACGAUAGCGGCUGGCCGAUUCCACCGCUGGCACCCAUAACGGCGACCUUGGCAUCGCGCUGAAAGAUAACACAAAAAUGAAUAACGAUUAAUCGACUGCAUUUUUCAACCAAUCAGAAUAUCGUGAUGAAUUCACUUUUCGAGCACCGCAUUUGAUUACAUGCGGGUACCAGUAACGUCAAGAAUAAAAGUUGAAUAACGUCCAAUCAUAUGACCAUCGGUGCUAUUGUAUAAUAGCAGUGCAAUUACUAGCUGCACAGUAACGGCGGAUACUGAAUUUCACUACCUGAACUUUUUACAUUUCAUUCUUGCUAUAAGGCAAAAAGUGGUUGCAUAACUAUUUUCAACAUCUAUCUCUGCGAAGAUAAGUGAUCAACCACAGGAACGAGGAGCAAGAGUCUUUAAAAGAAUUUUUUCCGCCUAUAGAAUGCAUAAUGAAAUUUACGAGUAGAAGAAGAAAUGUUUUUUUACCGGUUAUGUUUUCUGAGUUUACAAAACUUACUCUAGCACUCGUCGAGAGCCCCUUUGCUCCCUGCUGAGCGACGGACAACGUGGGCUUCAGGAAUCGUGGCAACAUGUUCGCAGCGGUACUUCUGGCACAAAAGUGACGGAUUUCAAGUUCGAGAAGACGACGUUCGAUAACCUUUCAAAGACACCCUGGUGACCUCAAUAAUAUUCCACGUUCGUUCCGUUUCCCCCUAACCAAUCAGAUACGAAUGUACCGCAAAAUACGUAUGCAACCAUGCGCGUUUUCGCGUGAUUAAUUUGCGCACGUCUGUAGCUAAUUGCAUUCUAUCGGGCGGGAACUUUUAAAAAAAGCCGUUGUUAUUUAUAGGUGUACUUUGCACAGUGUGCAUUAUCAAAUACAUACUGUUUCUUUUAUAUUAUCAUAUGACAAUCGCCAGCAAGUGUUUCAUGAGAGCUGAAGAAUCUUAGAACACAAUCACUGAAGGUGACUAUAAAAAUGGGAAAAUGCUAUCGUGUAUGCAUUAUGGGAAUAGAAUAAAAAAGUUGACUGUAUUUAAAUAGGUCUGAUUUUAAUUGUGUCUAUUGAAUACUCAUUAUUUCAAAGAGACACGAAACUUAUUUGCAAUUCUAACCAUAAUUCUAAUUUAAUGAGCUUGGGUAGUUUAUUUCUCAAUGAAUCUGUGUGGGAUACUUGUAACAUAAUUCUGUACUCGUUUAUUCAAAUGUUUGCGAGCCGUUAAGGAGACUGACUUAAUAAUUGAAAGAUGUUGCUAAAAAACAGUGCUUAUGACUGUUAGGCAUAGUAAUUACAUAAGUUCGGUUAAUAAAAAUGACAAACGAAAUAGAAACAAGCUUGUUGACAAUAAUACUGGAUGUGAAUCCUGUGCAAAGAAUAGUGAAACAAGAAACAAAAGUGCUAACACAAUGCUUAGACUCCACUAUUGUCUUUGCCGAUGCACAUUUAAUGCAAUCAUCCAACAAUCAGCUUGCCAUGAUAGCAUGUCACAGUUAUGGAGCAAGAUUUUUAUAUCCUUGCGAGAAACUUUCAGAAAUUCGACAAAUCGAUGGCCAGUAUGAAAAGUUUACAAUGGUAGAACGUACAGUUAGACAACAAUUGCAACAAGUUAUCAAUGAAGUUUCUAUGGAUAAGCCUUUAAAUGGGGAAAGUCUGAUAUCUGGAGCGUUGACCAUGGCACUCUGUUAUGUUGCAAGAUUAGAAAGAGAAAAAGUUGCUGGUCAAAAAUUAUAUUCAAGAAUUCUUGUGAUCACAGCUAGUAAUGAUUCAGCUACUCAAUAUAUGAACUACAUGAAUAUAUUCUUUACUGCUCAGAAAAUGGGAAUAAUAAUAGAUGUUUGCAGUCUAGAUCAGGAAUUGACUUUACUUCAACAAGGUUGUGAUAUAACUGGUGGAAAUUAUUUAAAAGUUCCUCAAUUGAAUGGAUUAUUACAAUAUUUACUAUGGAUAUUUCUGCCAGAUCCAAAUGUUAGGUCCAAGCUAGUACUACCUCCCCCAGUGAAAGUGGACUACCGUGCAGCAUGUUUUUGCCAUCAAGAACUAAUAGACAUUGGAUAUGUGUGCUCAAUAUGUUUAUCAAUAUUUUGCAAAUUCAGUCCAAUAUGCACCACUUGUCACACUGUAUUCAAAAUGCCAGGACCUAUACCUAUGAAAAUGAAAAAGAAGAAGAAAAAUGCGAGAGCAACAAGCUGCAAAGAAGCUAUCCAAAAAUGGGAAGAAAAGUCUGGUUUAACAGCUAGUGGACAGAAGGAAAUUAAUUUAUCUUUUCAAUGGCCUCCUAUUGAGAAAAUGGACAACAAUUUAGCAUCACUAACAGCUGUAGAGUUAGUAUAUAAUUAUUUAUUGCAUAACUAGCUAUAAUACAGAUACGAUUUUCUGCUCCUUAGAAAAUUAUCACUUUCCACGAACAUGAUAGAGAAAAUCAGUGGUAUUAAUUCUUUGAAGAAUUUGAGAAUUUUAUC